AUGUCAUCCCAUUCCACCUACUACGACCGGCGCCUGCGGCAAGGCCCUGCCCUCGUUCGAGCUCGACGGCCAUACCUCUUCAAGAAUGCAGUGACGGGCCUCGGCCUGUUUGCCCUCGUCGGAGGAGUCUACUGGUAUACCCUUAACGCUGUCGGCCAGGACGACUUCGAGGACGUCAAGGUCCCGGAUGCGCCACGACAGGCCAAAUGAACGACAUUACUGUUAUCUGCAUAUUCAAACUUCAAGAGGGAAUUAAUUUAGGCGACAACAUGGGGGCGCUUGGGUGUUGCGAAUGAACAUCUGUCAGCUAAUAUGCUGUGUAUUAUAUAUCAAUUCUUUUCCAG